ACCCAAGGGUCAAAGAUACUUACCAGAGUAGAAGCAGAACUCAUGCGGUGCGCCGGAUAAGAUGCCAGGUCUUCAUCAUCCCUGUACCUGCAAGUCCCUCAGGUUCUCGAACUUCUCCUGCUCACUUAAUUUCACAAAGACUACAAUGCCAAGUAUCCAUGGAUGUCUCUUUUCAGUAAACCCAACCUUUUUUCCUGUUUCCAUUACCGUGACUCCUGAGUGUUCAGCUUUCUCCUCGAAUUCUCUGAUUUGGAAAAGAACCCAGGUUCCCUUUUGCUCCUCCAAUGAAGACUACAUGAAAUUUGGAGGUACCCAUGUUUCGAAUAUACCCGAAAACGAGAGAUUUCAGGAAAUGAAAGAGCUUGAAUUGCUGGGUAAGCCUUCGCCACUACCUGUAAAUGGUGGUUCUGUGACAGAUAUGGAUUCGGGGUCUCAGAAACUCGAUAAAGAUGAUGACUUGGCUCCUUUCCUUAAAAUUUUCGAGGAUGGAGAUUCUGGUGAAGUGAGUGACUCAGAAGUGACUAAAGGGGAGGAGUCGCAGAAGGUCACUGUCGAGUAUUACGAGCCAAAACCUGGUGAUUUGGUAGUGGGUGUUGUUGUGUCGGGUAAUGAGAAUAGGCUUGAUGUGAACGUCGGUGCUGAUCUUCUGGGGGCAAUGCUGACUAAGGAAGUGCUCCCUCUCUCUGAUUCAGAGCUCCCCUAUCUGUUAUGUGAUAUGGGAAAGGAUGCUGAGGAGUUUAUGGUUCCUGGGAAGAUGGGGAUUAUCAGGGAUGAGGAUGCAUUGAGUGGGGAACCCGUACCAGGGAGGCCGGUUGUUGACGUAGGUACAGUUAUUUUCGCUGAGGUCCUCGGCCGAACACUUAGUGGACGGCCUUUGCUCUCCACAAGGCGGCUCUUUCGACGGAUUGCAUGGCAUCGAGUGAGGCAGAUAAAACAGCUCAAUGAACCUAUUGAGGUUAGAAUUACAGAGUGGAAUACAGGUGGCCUUCUUGCAAGAAUUGAGGGAUUGCGAGCAUUCCUUCCUAAAGGUGAGUUGAUGAGUAGACUUAACACCUUCACAGAUUUGAAAGAAAAUCUGGGACGGCGAAUGUAUGUGGUGAUUUGUAGGAUAGAUGAAGCAACUAAUGAUUUAAUAAUCAGUGAGAGAGAAGCUUGGGAAAUGUUGCACCUUCAAGAUGGAACAGUUCUAGAUGGCACUGUUAAGAAAAUUUUACCGUAUGGGGCACAAAUAAGGAUAGGUGAGACCAAUAGAAGUGGGUUGCUGCAUAUCUCAAGAAUAACACGUGGCCGAGUUGGUUCUGUCAGUGAUUUUCUAACAGUGGAUGAAAAGGUGAAAGUUUUGGUGGUGAAGUCAACAAUUCCGGAUAAAAUAUCGCUAAGUAUAGCAGAUCUUGAAAGUGAGCCUGGCCUAUUUCUGUCAAAUAAAGAGAAAUUAUUUUCUGAGGCUGAAGAGAUGGCUAAAAAGUACAGGCAAAGGCUACCAGUUGUUUCUGCAACUCGUAAGAUAGAUGACCUUCCAACCGAUGUUCUUCUAUUUGAUGACGGAGCAAAAUUAUAUUCAAACUGGAAGUGGUUCAAAUUUGAACAACUCAAUGAUAUGAACUGACCAAUGAGGAAGCUUGUUUGUGAGAUAGUGAGCUGGAAAUGGGAGGUGCUCAGCAAUGCUGCCUAAAGAUGACUGAAGUAUCCUGAAAGUGGUGCAAACUUGGGUGUUUUAAGUUUUUCUUCAUUAAAUGGCAACUGAAAAUCAAUGGAAGCAAUUGAUUUGCUCUUUUCAUCACAUCCAAUUCCCUUUGUUUUGAGUUGUGAGACGUGAAAUGUCAAAAUUUUGCAUUUACUCUAUAUGCGAUUGCUGUAUUAAGAAUGCUCAA